CUAGGUCAGAGAUGACCUUCAGGCCCCCUACGUCACAUGGAAGGGUGCCCCAGGCCGCGCAGACUAGGGCCCAAAGUAAGGCUACCACCAGUCAAGGGCCCAGCCAGGCACCUAGUCGGGCGUCUCCUCAAAAGGAGCCUGAGCCUGAACGAAGGAAAGAAGUGGUAGAGGUUCAAGAAGAGGAAGAUGAGGGUGAUGACGAAGAGGAUGAGAGGCUUCGCCAGGAAGAAGAUCGGCGAGCUGAGCAGAGGGCCAAGAAGAGAGGGAUUCAGGGAGGAGCGGAGCCGAGCCUGCACGAUGGUGUGCCAAAAUGGAAGAAGUACGCAGUCUGGCUGUAAGAGGGCUUUGACGUGGAGCGAAUGGUGGACAAACUCUUGGAAGGCCACAAUGAUCUGAUGAAUUUAAAAGACAUCCUGGCGUCGGCGCCUAGACUCCGUGGCGAGCUAAAGGGGCGGCUCUCGCGGAGGCUAGUGCCCAACGUCCACGUGAGCUCAAUUCUGCCCAGGGAGAUAGAGUGGAUAGAGGCGGGCACCAGGAUGGAUUGGAAAUGUGUGGCGUGCGGGUUGGUGGACUUGAAGGUGAGGGACCAGCCGAGCAUUGCAAUGGUGGACACGGGCGCGGAGAUGAAUAUCAUCCGGGAGCGGGACGCGACUAUGAUGGGGCUGGAGGUGGAUCAUUCGGACCAUGGUGUGCUGCACGGCGCCAACUGCAAGGCCAUUUUCUGCGGCACCUCGUCUAAUGUGAUGGUGGAGAUCGGGAGGGUAAGGGCGCGAAUGUGCUUCUUCGUCAUGCCCGAUGUCGACCACCCUAUCCUUCUAGGGAGGUCGUUCCUCUGCCAAACGAAGACCUUGGUCUUCAACAGGCAUGAGGGGACGAUGAUCCUGGCUCUGUCCGAUCCGGCUUGCGGGAAUUACGAAAUCAUCAAGUGUCGGAACACAGGGCCCGGAAGUGGGAGGAACAGGCUCAACCUCGGCUCCUUUACCUUCGAGGAGUCUGAGUAUGCGCGACGGAGACUCCGGAAGGAGCAGGAGGAGGAAGGAGCGGGCGAGGUAUUGUCCCUGAGCCUUAAUGAUGUGAAUAAGGCAAUGGAGGUGGUGGUGGCGCAUGAUAUGGCGGACCCUGAAGCCAUAAAGGCAUUGAGGGAGUAGGUCUUGGAGAGCCCUCAGGUGGGAGAAGUGGAGCUAAUCUAUAGGCUUCCCGGAAGGAAAGGGGACCCUGCGAUGGCGCAGGCCCGAACGA